AUGGCCAAAAGAAAUCUCAGCACUGUGACAGAGUUCAUCCUUGUAGUCUUCACAGAUCACCCUGAACUGGCAGUUCCACUCUUCCUAGUGUCUCUCAGCUUCUAUCUUGUCACUUUUCUGAGGAAUGGGGGGAUGAUUAUUCUAAUCCAAGUGGAUGCCCAACUCCACACCCCCAUGUACUCCUUCCUGAGCCACCUUACCUUCCUGGAUGCCUGCUAUGACUCAGUAAUCACUCCUCAGAUUCUGGCCACACUGGCCACAGACAAGACAGUUAUCUCCUAUGGCCGCUGUGCUGCACGGUUCUUUUUCUUCACCAUCUGUGCAGGCACAGAGCGUUACCUGCUGUCAGUGAUGGCCUAUGACAGCUUUGUUGCCAUUAGCAAUCCACUGCACUAUAACAUGACCAUGACUCCAGGUGCCUGCAGGGUCUUUUUGGCCAGUGCCUACAUCUGUGGGGUGUCAAGAGCCAUUCUGCAUACCACAUGCACCUUCAUCCUCUCCUUCUGUGGUGACAAUCAGAUCAACUUCUUCUUCUGUGACCUCCCACCCCUGCUGAAGCUCGCCUGCAGCAGCAUGACACAAACUGAGAUUGUCAUUCUCUUUUUUGCAAAAUGCAUGUUCCUAGCCAAUGUCAUGAUUAUCCUGAUCUCCUACAUGCUCAUUAUCAGAGCCAUUUUGAGGGUGAAGUUGGCAGGUGGGCGAGCCAAGACCUUCUCUACCUGCACCUCCCAUCUCACCACUGUUGUCCUCUUCUUUGGGACACUUGCCUUCAUGUACCAGAGAAGUAACUCUGAGAAAUGCUCAGAGGAAGACAGGAUAGUGUCUGUCUUUUACACUGUAAUCAUCCCUAUGUUGAACCCCUUGAUCUACAGUCUGAGGAACAAAGAUAUAAAAGCUACAUUCAGAAAAGUCAUUGGUAAAUUUCAAUUUCCAACGUAUGUAGCUUUUGAUGAGGGUCCUUCAUCAUGA